UGGGGACGGCGGGCUGCUCGGGGUCGCGCACAGCCGUCACGUCCGGGGCUUUCCCUGGCAACCGUGCGAGCGUCCCCCGCAACGCAGGCCUGGGACCGGAGGGGCAAUGGAACAUUCCAUUGCGCCCUAGGAGCUGGGGAGGAAAUAGGCGGAGCGAUCCAUUUAGGCUGGUGGGGAGAGGAAAAAGCAGCAAACAUGUUCUGGAAAUCGAAAGAGGGCCCCUCCAGACCCCACUGCACCCAGCGACGCAAGGGUCUGAUCUCCCCGCCUUGAUUCCCCCCACUUCCCAAUCCAGGGUCUGGCUGGCUCCGCAGCGGAACGUGAAGUUUUCUCUCUCCAAAGGGUGGUGCGGCAGGACUGGGGAAAGGUAGUCCUCCGCAUUUUGUCGGCGCUGGGUUUGUGGCGGUGAGUGGCAGGGUGACCUGGAGGGCUGAUGCCAACCCGGGCGUACCAUUCAACCCCCCGCCCGCCCCAGGUCGGAGUCUUACAACUCUUCAUUCUGAAGUGCGUGUAGUGCCCUUGUCUCCAGAGACGCGGAGAGUCCUCGAUGCCUCUUGAGCUAAGUGCAGCCUGGCCCAGUUUCUCCUGCGCUAGUCUACUCCCCUCCCCAUAUACGACCCACACCCCAAAGGGGUGGAGGGCCCCUGGGGCUACACUGACUCAAGCCCACGUGAUUAGGACUAAUCUUUCAACGGAACGACCCCCACAAUCCAGCCCUCAGAGCUCUCCGCGGGAGGCUCCCGACCCACACCCACCCCACAGACUUCCGAGCUCCAGGAGCUCGCACCUGUCCGCCUAUCUGGGACCCCUACUCGAUAUCCUGGUGCCCCCGCUGGGCCUUUUACUUGUUAGGGCUUUUACAUUUAAAGAUGUUUCCCUUAAGAAAAGGAUUUCUUAGCGUGUCUGAACCCCUCCCUCUGUUCACAAGCUCUUUGCUAGGUCUAAACUCGUCUCUCCCAAUCUAACCAAUUUGCGCUCGACUUUGUGUAAAGUGAAGAUGAGGUGGGGGUAAGGGGUUAGGGGCUCACGCAAACGCCUGAGAAACCAGGGCGACUGGUAUGAGGCCGUGAUCUAAAUCUCCAGGACCUGGGACUGGUUCAAGCGAGGGCCUCUAUACUGCUCUGUAGCCUCCGCUUGGACACAGACAGGGAGGGACGCAGCCCGGAGAGCUUCUGCUGCAUCCGGGGGCUGGGAAGUACCAGUCUAAAGAUGGGAUGUGGGGGGGAUAAUGAUUCUCCGGCUGUGUUGUUGCAAAAAACCCAACUGGUGUAAAUCUCGGUAGACUGCCUAUCCUCACCCUCCCCCCACCCACGCGCUCCCAAGAUGUAAUGGGCAAAUAAAAAGACUGCAAUAACGCUGUGCCUCAGGUCGACUCAGGAGAUGGAGGUGCGUCUUGGUGGCAGUGGUGAGUGGGAGUAGGGGGAUUGAGGGAAUGGAUCUGAACACUGACCGGGCCAGAAACGCUAAGCAGCCCAAGCAGCAAAGGGAGAAUGGGGGAGUAAGCACACAUUCCCAAACCCAGCUGCCGGAAAUGAGCAGUUGUCCCCACCGCACCCCCGCAAAGAGCUCCAGCUCCUUAAUCCUGGAUGAAGAAGGUAUCUAUGCAUCCCCCCACCCCACCCCCGCAACUCUCUCCCUCUUCCCGGGUGGACCGAAUUCUAGACCUGAACCUCCCACUUUACUGCCAGGGUGGCAGGUCCUCCGUACCCUGGGAACUUUUCAAACCAUCUCAGUUCUCAACUCUGCACAAUUCUCUCACACAGUUAUUCAUCUCUUCUAAAGAGGAGGACACUAGGGCCAAAGAUUUGGAAGAUGAUCCUGACAUCUUGCAGGAAAAUGAGAAAAGCUAAGUCCCACCCGCUCGCCUGGUCUUGCCUCCGUUUCCAUGACAACUCCAAGGGAGCCUAAACUGGGAGCUUGAAUGCCGGGCUGCCUUCAUCUCUCCAUCUCUGCGCUGCUGCCGUCUGCGCCAUCCGGCACCCAGACUCCGGAGCCAGCCGGGCCCCCCUCCCCCCCGACUCCGGCUGCAGGGACCCUGUCCCAGCGAGACCGCAGGCAUGUCAUCCGAAAAGUCAGGACUCCCAGACUCAGUCCCUCACACUUCUCCACCACCCUACAAUGCCCCUCAGCCCCCGGCCGAACCCCCAGCCCCACCCCCACAGGCAGCCCCUUCCUCGCACCAUCACCACCACCACCACUACCACCAGUCUGGCACUGCCACCCUCCCGCGCUUAGGGGCAGGUGGCCUGGCCUCUUCCGCAGCCACCGCUCAGCGUGGUCCCUCAUCCUCCGCCACGCUGCCGCGGCCCCCCCACCACGCCCCGCCCGGCCCUGCCGCUGGGGCGCCCCCACCCGGCUGCGCUACCUUGCCCCGCAUGCCACCCGACCCUUACCUGCAGGAGACUCGCUUCGAGGGCCCACUUCCCCCGCCGCCGCCAGCCGCCGCCGCCCCGCCCCCGCCGGCGCCGGCCCAGACUGCACAGACCCCCGGCUUCGUGGUGCCCACGCACACGGGGGCGGUGGGCACGCUGCCGCUGGGGGGCUACGUAGCGCCCGGAUACCCCCUGCAGCUGCAGCCCUGCACUGCUUACGUGCCGGUCUACCCGGUGGGCACGCCCUAUGCAGGCGGAACUCCGGGGGGGACGGGAGUGACCUCGACUCUCCCGCCGCCGCCACAGGGCCCAGGGCUGGCCCUACUGGAGCCGAGGCGCCCACCGCACGACUACAUGCCGAUCGCGGUGCUGACCACCAUCUGCUGCUUCUGGCCUACGGGCAUCAUCGCCAUCUUCAAGGCAGUGCAGGUGCGCACGGCCUUGGCCCGCGGAGACAUGGUGUCGGCCGAGAUAGCUUCCCGCGAGGCCCGGAACUUCUCCUUCAUCUCCCUGGCCGUGGGCAUCGCGGCCAUGGUGCUCUGUACCAUCCUCACCGUAGUCAUCAUCAUCGCCGCGCAGCACCACGAGAACUACUGGGAUCCCUAAAAACGCCCCCAGCCCGGCCCCACCCUCCGCCCCUCGACCUCCCGGGCGCGUUCUGCAGUCUUACCGCAGACCCGGUGGGUGCCCUGCACACCGGCCUCUGGGGCCGUCGGACUUCGCCUCUUCUUAAACUCCGCCUCCAGGGAACCUCUCACCUUUCGAGCAAGCUCCGAAUUCAGUUCCUCAGGAACCCCUCUAAAGCCCACACCCCUAGAGACGCCGCUUUUUGGGAUCCCGGCCAAACGCUAGGCCCUCAGUUGCUCCAGGCUCCCACCCCUUCAAAGUACAGCGAAACAAGCCGAGCACCCUCGCUCUGGUCCUCAAAGACCCGCCGCCUCUAUAGGCUCCGCCCCAACCCUGACAAACCCCGCCUCCAGGUCGGCAGGCUCCGCCUUCUUCUCGUCUCCGCGGGGUGAUUCAGUCCGGUGAUUGGGUUUGUGGCUCCAGGCCUCGCCCACGGACAGACAGAUUCUUCUCUUUGUUCCCCGGAGGACCGAGCCCCGGGGUAGCCACACCCCCACGCGCACUCCCGUUUUUGCAAGUGCAGUUUCGUCCCUCCUCCACCCAGGUCUUUGCCUAUUUUCUUGCUAAUCCCAGAACCUCUCCUUUUGUUGUUUUUGGAAGGACAUUUGGAAAGUUCCUGGUUUAGAACCCUUCUUCCUGGGAUAAGAAACAUGUCCUGUUCUCUGUAAAUACGCCCUUCCACCCAUUCCAACCCCUGGGCAGCCGGCUGAGGGGAAUCCAGGGUAUGGACCUCCGAGUCCCGGAGGAGAGCCAGCCCGCUCCCGGUUCCCCUUGGCGGUCCCGCCUUGUUCUGAUCUGUGUGUGCGUGUGUGUGAACUUCUGAACGACGAUAUUAAAGAGAUUUAGUGGA